GAGCUGCUUUUAUCAUCACCACCACCACAUCACUUUCUCUGCGUUCAAUUUUGAUCUUUGUUCUCUUCAAGACGAAUAUGGUUUUCAAGGUUUCUACCGUUUCAACAUCUCCUAUUGAUGGCCAGAAACCAGGAACGUCUGGUCUCCGUAAGAAGGUGAAAGUGUUCAAGCAACCCAAUUAUCUAGAGAAUUUUGUGCAAGCAACAUUCAAUGCUCUUACGGCGCAGAAGGUUAAAGGUGCCACUCUUGUGGUCUCCGGUGAUGGUCGUUAUUAUUCAAAGGAUGCUGUUCAGAUCAUAAUUAAGAUGGCAGCAGCUAAUGGUGUACGGAGUGUGUGGGUUGGUAAAAACACUCUGUUAUCAACUCCUGCUGUAUCAGCUGUGAUUCGUGAAAGAUCAGGGGCUGAUGGAUCGAAAGCAACUGGAGCCUUUAUCUUAACAGCAAGUCACAAUCCUGGUGGCCCUACUGAGGAUUUUGGAAUCAAAUACAAUAUGGAAAACGGAGGACCUGCUCCGGAAUCAAUCACUGAUAAAAUUUACGAGAACACUAAGACAAUCAAGGAGUACCCAAUAGCAGACGAUCUACCCAAUGUUGAUAUUUCUACCAUCGGUGUAACUAGCUUUGAAGGACCUGAUGGCAAAUUUGAUGUUGAAGUUUUCGACUCUGCAGAUGACUACGUUAAAUUGAUGAAGUCAAUCUUCGAUUUUGAAUCAAUCCGGAAAUUGCUUUCAUCUCCAAAGUUUACAUUCUGCUAUGAUGCAUUGCAUGGAGUUGCUGGAGCCUAUGCACAUCGCAUUUUUGUCGAAGAACUCGGUGCGCAAGAAAGCGCAUUAUUGAACUGCACACCCAAGGAGGACUUUGGAGGAGGGCAUCCGGAUCCCAAUUUGACCUAUGCUAAGGAGCUUGUGGCACGAAUGGGACUAAGUAAAUCCGACACUGGAGGUGAACCUCCAGAGUUUGGCGCCGCUGCUGAUGGUGAUGCAGACCGUAACAUGAUCCUUGGUAAAAGGUUUUUUGUAACUCCUUCAGAUUCAGUUGCCAUAAUUGCUGCAAAUGCUAUUGGGGCCAUUCCGUACUUCAGCUCUGGUUUGAAAGGUGUUGCUAGGAGUAUGCCCACCUCAGCUGCUCUCGAUGUCGUUGCAAAAAGCUUGAAUUUGAAGUUCUUUGAGGUUCCAACAGGCUGGAAGUUUUUUGGUAAUCUGAUGGAUGCUGGGAUGUGUUCUGUUUGUGGGGAAGAAAGUUUUGGAACCGGCUCGGAUCAUAUCCGCGAGAAAGACGGGAUUUGGGCAGUUCUUGCGUGGAUGUCCAUACUUGCUCACAAGAACAAGGGAAAUAUUGACGGUAAUGCUAAACUGGUGUCGGUUGAAGACAUUGUCCGCCAGCAUUGGGCUACCUACGGCCGUCACUAUUACACUCGUUACGACUAUGAGAAUGUAGACGCAGGUAAAGCUAAGGAACUGAUGGAGCAUUUGGUCAAAUUGCAAUCUUCAAUUCCUGAAGUUAACAAGAUUGUGAAAGGAAUUCGUUCCCAUGUGGCGAACGUCGCCAGUGCCGAUGAAUUCGAGUACAAAGAUCCAGUUGAUGGAUCCAUUUCGAAGCACCAGGGAAUCCGUUACUUGUUUGAAGACGGAUCACGACUUGUUUUCCGUCUCUCUGGAACUGGCUCAGAAGGAGCAACCAUCAGGCUCUACAUUGAACAGUACGAGAAGGAUGCUUCAAAAACCGGCCGAGAAUCCCAGGAAGCUUUGUCUCCUCUGGUUGACUUAGCUCUAAAGCUGUCUAAGAUGGAGGAGUUCACCGGCCGAUCAGCCCCAACCGUCAUAACAUGAGAAUGGUCAAGCUCAACGACUCGAAUCAUACACUUUUUUUUCCUGCAUCUAUAUGAUGCUUUCUUCUUAUACUAUCCAAGUUCCAUUGUAAGAAUAAUUAGUCUCAGGGAGAAUUUGUAUCUCUUAUCGGAAUUCUGAACAACCAAGAACGAUUUCUUGAGUUGUCGUGAGGCUUAUAUAUACUUGUACGGAUUUGGCUUUCUCGGUUUUGUUUUCUCUUGUUUCCAUCUUUUGCAUGAUUAAGAUUUGUUCUUGCGGUUUUA